AUGUCUUUUGACGGAGAAUUGGCAACCUUACGACGACAAGUGGAAAAUUUUAAAAAUCUUAAUGCUUCGGUUCGUGAACAACUUGAACGCGUCAGCAAAGAAAACUCUACAUUAACGGAUGAUAAUAACUUUCUCCGCAAAAAGAAUUAUUCUCUACAACAAGAAAUUGCAAAUCAUCACAAUGAAUACGCACGAAUUGAAUCUGAACUUUAUCAGCAAGGACAGGAAGUGGAAGGACUAAAAAAAAAAAAUCAUAACGUUUUGAAAAACACACAAGAAAUAGAACAAAACUUGAGAAAAGAG